CAUGGUGUCGCUAUUCACCAAUUUACGUGAAACAUUUCCACCCCACCCUGUGCUAUGUAGACCAAUAAGAGGGACAUUUUUUCAGAUGCUGUUGUUCCUCGGACAAAGCCACAGUAACUGUGGAUUGCUGCCGGUUUUCUUUUGAUCGCACUGUGUAAUCCUGGCUGAAUUUGUAAUCUGAAAGAGAACAGUUCUGUCUGUAAGACACUCGCCGUGAUGGCUCUCAAAGUGAGCUGCGUCGUCUUUUUUCUAUUGUGGCAAGCCGUGAAUGGGGACGCGAGCUACUCCAUUCAAGAGGAACUGAAACGCGGAUCUCUCAUUGGGAAUAUAGCGAAGGAUCUUAACCUGGACGCGAGUCGACUGUCUGCCAGAAAUGCCCGUGUUGAUGCUGCAGGGAAUCGCAAACGUUACUGUGACAUCAGUCUCAGUAGCGGAGAUUUAAUUGUUGCCGACAGGAUUGACCGAGAGGGGCUUUGUGGAGAAAAGCUCUCGUGUGUGUUAAAACGCGAUCUUGUGCUGGAGAAUCCUCUGGAACUCCAUCCUUUCAAUCUACACAUCCAAGAUAUCAAUGAUAACUCUCCACAGUUUAAGGAAGAAGUGAUAAAUAUAGAAAUCAGAGAGUCUGCCGUCAGGGGAGCUCGUUUUGUGAUAGAGGAGGCGCACGAUGCGGAUGUAGGACAAAAUUCGGUUCAGCAGUACAGCCUUAAAAAGAACGAUAAUUUUAUUUUGGCUGCUAAUGGAAACACAAUCGAGCUUGUUCUUGAUAAAGAGCUUGAUCGUGAAAAACAACAGGAGAUCAAUUUGCUCCUGACAGCUUUAGAUGGCGGCUCUCCUCAGAGGUCAGGUACUGUGGUCAUACACGUUACUGUGCUGGAUGCUAAUGAUAACGCCCCAGUGUUCAGCCAGGCCGCUUACAAAGCCAGUCUGCCCGAAAACUCUCCUGUAGAUACUGUAGUGGUCACUGUGAGCGCUUCUGACGCAGACGAGGGAGUCAACGGAGAUGUGACUUAUGAAUUUGGGCAUGUUUCAGAGGAUGUAAAGAGAGUUUUUAGCAUUGACCGUAAGAACGGGAAAAUAAAAGUUAAUGGUGCGAUCGACUAUGAAACUGUUGCAACCUAUGAUUUGCGCAUUAAAGCAAAGGAUGGUUUAGGGUUAUCAUCAUACACAAAGGUAACCGUUGAUGUCACCGAUGUCAAUGACAACAUACCUGUAAUUUAUGUGAAAUCACUGACUGACCCCAUACCUGAGAACGUGUCACCUGGUACAGAGGUGGGCAUCAUUAACGUGCAGGAUGCAGACUCUGAGAACAACCAACAGGUUCGCUGCUCCAUUCAGCAAAACGUCCCUUUUAAGUUGGUUCCUUCUAUUAAAAACUAUUAUUCUCUGGUGAGCACAGGACAGCUGGACCGUGAAGUGGUGUCUGAUUACAACAUUACAAUCAGUGCCACUGACGAGGGCUCUCCACCUCUGUCCUCGUCUAAAACUGUUCAGUUAUCUGUAGCAGACAUCAACGACAACCCACCUGUGUUUGAGGAGCAGUCGUACAGCGCAUAUGUGAGUGAAAAUAACAAACCUGGCUCCACUUUAUGUUCCGUGAGUGCUCGAGACCCCGACUGGAGACAGAACGGUACAGUGAUUUAUUCUCUGUUGGCCGGUGAGGUGAACGGUGCCCCGGUGUCCUCCUACGUGUCUGUGAACGGAGACACGGGGGUGAUCCACGCUGUGAGGUCGUUUGAUUAUGAGCAGUUGAGGAGUUUUAAAGUCCACGUGAUGGCCCGAGACAACGGUUCUCCUCCUCUGAGCAGCAACGUGACCGUCAGUGUGUUCAUAUCGGAUGUGAAUGACAACUGUCCUCAGAUCCUGUACCCCGCCCCGGAGGGCAACUCGUUCAUGACCGAGCUGGUCCCCAAAGCUGCCCACGGAGGCUCUGUGGUGUCCAAAGUGAUCGCGGUGGACGCGGACUCCGGCCAGAACGCCUGGCUGUCCUAUCAUAUAGUGAAGUCCACUGAUCCGGGACUUUUCAGUAUUGGUGUCCACAGCGGAGAGAUCAGGACUCAGCGGGACAUUUCUGAAUCUGACAGCAUGAAACAGAACCUUAUUGUGGCAGUGAAAGAUAACGGCCAGCCCUCUCUGUCUGCCACCUGUUCCAUGUAUUUACUGAUUUCUGACAACUUGGCUGAGGUGCCCGAACUGAAGGAUAUUUCUUACGAGGAGAAGAAUUCCAAACUGACGUCUUACCUUAUUAUCGCUCUUGUGUGUGUGUCCACGUUUUUUCUGACGUUCAUCAUCAUCAUCCUGGGUGUGAGGUUUUGUCGCAGGAGAAAGCCGAGACUGUUGUUUGAUGGAGCAGUCGCCAUCCCCGGCGCUUAUCUCCCUCCUAAUUACGCAGAUGUUGACGGCACAGGAACUUUGCGCAGCGCGUACAAUUAUGACGCAUAUCUGACGACAGGAUCAAGAACCAGUGACUUUAAGUUUGUGACGUCUUACAAUGACAACACGCUGCCUGCUGAGCAGACUCUGAGGAAAAGUCCCAGUGACUUUGCAGAAGUGUUUGGAGAUUGUAACGGUUCUCCAGAGGUAGGAACACAUUUGAAAUCACUGAGGUUAUAUAUUUUGCAUCCUGAAGAAACCAUUCUUGAGUUUUAGCAAUGCACUUUAAAAUUCUGCUAGAGUUGGUGAUUUGACGUAACUGCUUAAGUAUCACAGCCCUUGUAUCUACAUUGUUCGUGUGCUUUUUCUUUGAACACCUCUUAAGACAACUAUCAGACAAUACAUGAACAAUCAUAACACGCACACACAUGUACACACAUGUAUCCACAGUGAUUGAUGCUCACACAUUCUUGUCUAAUACCUGUAUGUGUCGAAUCUCUUGGCG